AUGAAAAAUUAGAAUAAAUUAGAAAUUCUUUCAAUAUAUCCAAAUGAUAGUGAUUCUGAAGAGAUAUAUCCUUUAUAUGAGAUAGUAGAAACAAGAAUUUUUGAUACCGAAGACUUUUUAUAAUAAACAUUGUACACUUUAAUUCGACAAUGUUAUGGGUAUAAGAAUUUAACAAGGUUAUGGCCUAAAUUAUCAUAAUUAUAGAAAACAAAAGGUAAGUUUGAAAACUAUUAUCAAAAAAUAAUCAAUAAUCGAAUUUCAAGAUUUCCUUAGUUGAAUUUAUAAGGUAUUCAAUAAAUAGAAGGUAAACGAUACAAGGUAGUAUUAUAUUCUGAAUUAAUGUUUAAAUUGCAUCCUUAAAAAAUGGUAUGUUGUAUUUGUGAAAAAGAAAUAUUGCUAAGUAUUGUAGAAGAACAUUCACAAUUAUGUCUGAAAAAGCACAUGCUUAAUAAAGACAUUUAUGCAUUAUAAGAUAAGAUUUAAGAGCUUUCAGAGGAAAUUAAUAACAGAGAGAUAGAACUAAUAACUAAAAUAAAUUUGUAUACAAAAUAAAGAAUGUCUGAGAAAAACUUAAGUCAUUAAAAUAGUCCUAUAAUGAAUAGAAGUAAAUAGUAAAUCACUCUAUCAAAAUUUGCUUAAUAAAGUGAUCAAAGAUAGCGAGGAUUAUAGAGAGCAAAAACAAUAAAUAUUUCUGAAGAUAAUAGUAUAAGUGAAUUUCCAACAUUUCAUUAGAGAAAACCUGGAAGAAAUUUUACUCGUUUAGAAUCAUCUAUGAGUAUGAGUCCAGAUAGUUAAAAAUAAAUAAAGUGUGCAAUAUCGUUAUUGAAGGUCACUUAAUAAUAUUGUUAAAAAAUAUUAAAAUAAGAUAAUUCAUUUGGAUUAGAUAUUGAUGCUAAAUUUUAAUCAUUAAUCAAAUUAGGAUUACCUGAAAUAAAUCAUUUAAAUGAUGUAAGUGAUUUGAUGAAGAAAUCGUUAAGUUUAAUAACUUAAAGAUUAGAAUUAAAUAAGUAGAUGAAUAAAAUAGAUGCAGCUUAAUUAUAGUUAUAAUGUGGUUCAAUUGAAAAAUUAAAAAAAAUAUUUUAAAAAGGAUUGUCUAAUUCAUAUAAAUAGGCAGGAACUUCAUUAAAUAGUAGAAGUAAGAAAGGAGGUAAUUAACAUACAAGUGGUAAAGUUAGAAUUAUGGAUUUAGUAAAACCUAAUAAAUCUAAAUUUAAUUAAAGAUAAUUUAAGGAGGAUUAAGAGGAAUGUUAGUAAUAUUAAAAUCAAUAAACUCCAAUUUAAGAAUAAAAGAUAGAUUCUUUAGAAUUUAUUACAUUUUCUCCAUCUGAAGAGAAUGCAAAUUAGAAUCCAAAUAAAUAAUAAUAAUUAAAUAUUCAUAUUUAUUCUCAAUAAGAAGAUGAUGACAGUGAUGAUGUCUAAUAAAAUUUGUUUAUUAGAGGGUAUUAUUCUGAUUCAGGAAUAACUUUACGAAUCCCUUAAUAUACUUAAAAGAUGUAAUUUAUUUUAUAAUAUCAUUAAUUCUAGAAUGACAGUAGGAUUAAAAGAUUUUGAAUUUUAAGAAGUUUUAGGAGUUGGAGCAUAUGGAGCAGUUUGGAAGGUUAGAAAAUUAAAAACAAAUGAUGUUUAUGCAAUGAAAGUGAUAGAUACUUAAUAAUAAUCAAGUUAAAACUUUUUUGAAACUUUAAAAGCUGAAAGUACAAUAUUUUCAGUUUUAGAGGGAGAUUUUGUAGCUAAAGCUUAUUAUUCAUUUAGUCAUUCAGAUUGUUUAUUUUAUGUUCUAGAAUAUGUAAAAGGUGGAGAUUUUGAUAGAAUUUUAAGAAAAUAUGGAGCUUUAGAUGAACCUAUAGCUAAAUUUUAUAUAGGAGAAUUAUUAUUAGCAAUAGAGGCAUUACAUAAAAAGUAAAUAAUUCAUAGAGAUUUAAAACCAUAAAAUAUAUUGGUUGAUGGAAAAGGACAUUUAAAAUUAACAGAUUUUGGAUUAUCAGAAAUAGGAAUGAAAUUAUAUAUGAAAUAAUCAGAACCUAGUCAAGCUAUAAAACUAUAAUAAUAAUUAGAUAAUAAUAUAAAGGAUUUAGUAAGUAGUGAACCAAAAUCUCCAAGAUUUGAUCAUUGUAUUUCAAUUAAAGCUAGCAAUCAUAAUAAACAUAGAGUUGUUGGUACUCCAGAUUAUAUUGCUCCAGAAGUUAUUAGAGGAGAAUCUAUAAAUAAUGAAUCUAUUGAUUAAUGGAGUUUAGGAGUAAUCACUUAUGAAUUUUUGGUUGGAAUCCCUCCAUUUAAUGAUGAUACUCCUGAAAAGAUCUUUGAAAAUAUAUUAUAAAGGAAUAUUACAUGGCCAGAUAUUGGAGAUGGAGAAAAUUAAUUGAGUCUAGUUGCUAAGGAUUUUAUAGAGAGAUUAUUGGAUCCCAACUACAAAACUAGGAUGACUGUUGAAGAAGCUAAAAGACAUUCUUUUUUUGAUGGUUGUAAACUCAUUUCUUAAUUUAGAUAUUAAAUUUGAUACUCUUCGUAAAUAACCUGCUCCAAUCAUACCUGAUAAUGCACCUGAUGAUUAACCUUUAUUAUUGAUUAAGAAAUAGAGAGAAAAAGAAAAGUUAACUAAACUACUUCGUGAUACUUCCAGUGAAAACUCAACCAUUUCAAAAUUAGGUGUUGAUAAUUUAUUAAGACUUGAUUUACUUGUAGAAAUGAAUUAAUAAAAGGCUCAUUAAUUAAGAAAAAAGUAUCAUUGA